CUUUUUUGUUAUUGUUGUUUCAUUUCUUUUCUUUCUUUAUAUAUAUAUACAUAUAUAUAUUUUAGAUGCGUUCUUUGCAUGCAAUAAGACAAUGUGCAUUAGCUGCUAGUCUUGUCAAACGAACAACACGUCAGAGUCCUCCCAUGACGACUUUUUAUACCACCGAAAUGUAUUGUUGUCGAGUACUCAUAGUAGCUAUCCUCGUACUCGCUGGCGGUUUCUUUGCCGGUUUGACAUUAGGUCUCAUGGGACUCGAUGAAACCAAUUUACAAGUCAUGUUGGAAUCUGGAUCCGAAAGUGAAAAGAAGAAUGCUCAACGAGUAUUGGAUUUAUUAAACAAAGGAAAAUAUUGGGUACUUGUCACUUUACUCUUGUCCAACGUCAUUGUCAAUGAAACCUUACCCAUUGUCCUCGACUCGUUGAUUGGCGGUGGCUAUGUCGCCGUCUUGUUAUCCACUGCAUUAAUCGUCAUCUUUGGAGAAGUUAUACCACAAUCCAUCUGUGUUCGUUAUGGACUGGCGAUUGGUGCAAAAUGUUCAGCCAUUGUGUUAGUUAUCAUGUACAUGCUUUAUCCAAUUACAUACCCAACAGCAUGUGCACUGGAUUUCUUUCUAGGUGAAACGCACGGCACCAUUUACAAAAAAGCAGGCUUGAAAUCUUUAGUCUCGCUUCAUCGAUCUGACGAUGACACAGAAGGACUCACAGAGGAUGAAGUUCACAUUAUAGCAUCUGUGUUGGAUUUACGCGAGACAUCCGUCACUGAUGUCAUGACGCCCAUAGCACAUGUCUUUACACUGACCUUACACACCAUUCUCGAUCCAUCUCUCGUGCACACCAUUUUACGCAACGGCUACUCGCGUAUCCCUAUCACACACAGCACACAGGGUUAUAUCGGCAUGUUACUGGUCAAACACCUCAUUGCUUAUGACCCUCAUGACCAAUGGCCCGUUCACAAAUUUCCCAUGGCUCCUUUACCUCAAACUUUUCCCGACACCAGUUGUCUCGAUAUCCUAAAGUUUUUUCAAGAAGGCAAAAGUCAUAUGGCUAUCGUAUCCAACACGUUGGGAAUCCCAUUAGGUGUGAUUACCUUAGAAGAUGUCAUUGAAGGUUUAAUAGGGGAGGAAAUUGUCGAUGAAACCGACGUCUUUGUCAACGUACACAAGAGGAUCAGAGUCGGUACAAAGGGUCGUAGUGACCCAUCUCGUAACGUGGUGAUCCAUUCCCCGUUACUAACAACACGGUCCUCAGAGAAUACACUUUCUGAAGAAACUGGCAUCAAAAUUCGUAUGAAGGGUUACGGAGCCAUUGUAGAUCAUGGUAGUCUAUCCACUUCAUUUCAACAACAGCAACAACAACAACAACAAUGUAGCCAUGAACCCAAACUAUAACUUCUCUU